UAUAAAACCUUCCGCAAGUUGUCAAAGGCACGCCUUUCUCUUUCGCGUCUUCUCACAGAGUUGGAUUUGAGAGAGAGAUCAAAUCCUCAAUCUCGGCGCGGUUCCUCUAGGGUUUUUCUUUUUGCUAUCGAUAAUCAGAACUCGGCAUGAGGCCGAUCCUGUUGCCGGAUCCGCCCAGUCUAUCUACCGGCGUACCCGAGAUUUUCGAACAAGGCGGUUCCCAGAACGUCGUCCGACGCGCCGUCGUCAUCGGAAACGGCUUCCCUGGCUCCGAGAAUCAGUGCAUCGGUCUCGUUCGUGCCCUCGGCUUGGCCCAAAAUCACCUCCUCUACCGAGUUACAAGGCCGAAAGGAGGGAUCAAUGAGUGGCUACACUGGCUCCCUGUUGGUUUUCACAAGAAGUUGGACUUUAUCCUCAGGCAUAUCUACCUCUACUCCAGAUUGAUGCUUGGUUCCAAACAGAGUAAAUACAUCGCGUCUGAGAAUGUAGGCUUGUCGUCUAUUCUAGAGGCUGACGUGAAGAGUAUUGUGUCCAUGGCUCGUGACACCUAUGAAAAGGAUGGCCCGUUGGUAGUGAUUGCUUGUGGGAGAGAUACAGUUUCUAUUGCUAGUUCCAUAAGGCGUCUGGCUUCUGAAAACGUCUUCGUUGUUCAGAUACAACAUCCUAGAUCACACUUGAAUAGGUUUGACAUGGUGAUCACACCUCGUCACGACUACUAUCCUAUAACCCUCGAAGCGCAAGAGCAAGUUCCUAGAUUUAUGCGUAGUUGGAUAACUCCACGUGAACCACCUCAAGAUCAUGUAGUCUUGACUACUGGAGCUUUACACGGGAUCGAUUAUGCCACACUCCGUAAAUCAGCUAGUGCCUGGCAUGAUGAGUUUGCUGCUCUUCCAAAGCCCUUAGUUGUGGUUAACAUUGGCUGGCCUAGACGCAACUGCCGCUAUGGAGCAGACCUCGCAAAGCAGCUAACAGAUGCCCUUCUUAGUGUCCUUGAUAGCUGUGGAAGUGUCAGAAUUGCUCUCUCUUACAAAACCCCUGAAAAGGUUUCAAGAGUAGUUUUCAAAGAACUAGGAGAUAACCCAAAAGUCUUUAUUUGGAAUGGACAAGAACCAAAUCCUUACAUGGGACAUUUAGCAUGGGGUGAUGCCUUUGUAGUGACAGCAGAUUCUGUCAGUCUCAUAAGCGAAGCCUGCAGCACCGGGAAACCAGUGUAUGUGAUUGGAGCCGAUCACUGUAAAUGGAAGAUUGCAGAUUUCCACAAGUCUUUGAGGGAACGAGGAGUCGUUCGCCCAUUUACAGGUCUCGAAGACAUGUCGGAAAGUUGGAGUUAUCCGCCAUUGAAUGACACAGCAGAAGCAGCAACGAGAGUACGGAGUGCAUUAGCUACACGUGGAUGGAGUCUACGCUCUUGAAAACUAUCAUACGUUUUUUUUGUUUGUACAAUUUAUUUCGGGAAUCAACAUAUUUCUCGAAAGCUAUAGAGAAAGAGAAGCCUAACACAAUAAUGGAUGUGCAGAAAGAAAGAAAAGGUGACUACACCAUUUUGAAUGGAUUUUAUUCACAUUUCUUGUACCCUAAAAAAAGAAGAAGAAUCAAAAUCAAAACUAUACUAAAAGGGGCUUAUAAAGCUUUCUUAAGCUGUCCACGUCGGAUAGGAAAUUCAGCCAAUAGAAUUACUGUUUUUGUCCAUGUCGUUAAAUGAUUUGUCAAUUUGAUCGGGCUUUAGUUGUUUUUCGCGUUGAUUAUUUGUGGGCUUAAGCCCAUUUCUUGGCUUCGUGAUCUACGCGCGGUGUGAUGUCUUUUGCUUUUCGUAAACCGAAAUCGUACUUCUCUUUUCGACUUCCCCCUCUUGCUUCUUCCAUUUCUCUUCUCUACCGAUCCGUUUCGAGGAGUAACUUCACCACUAAUUGGUGUCAUCAAUUGAUUCCUUUCAGCUUCUUAGAUGUUUCUCUCUAUAUAUGUCUCUUUCGCUGCUUAUUCCUCUCUUCCUUGCUUAUUCCUCCAUCGAAGUUGAAAAGAUAUUCUUAGCCACUCAUCCCGACGGAACCCUCCUCCUCAUUCUCUAAAAUCCCUAAUCUGAAAAGAUAUCGCAAAGCGGCCGCCUACCCCUAGGGAGUUAUAACAACAUCUCUCGAUGGAUACGUACGCUAGCCAGGGAUCCACCGUCGAGGAACCGUUAGAACGUGUGGGUGAUAUGAAACGCUUCUUGGAGAAUUACCAAAGUUCCUGGGUUAGGAUGUCUGUUGAAGGAUUCAACCACAACCGACCUAGGGGUGAAAUCAAGAGUGAACUGAUCAAUCACUUCAAAUCAUGUUCCGUAUCCAGCGUCCGUAGGACCAGCCACAAGAUGUCGCCUCCUCUUUUAUUGCAUCUUUUAUUGCAUUUCAGUUAUGGGACAUCAACAUGGAUUCAGGUCCAGUAUCAACUUUCCAGGAUCAUGAGUAUCUGAAACCCAAGCUCUGUGAUUUAUAUGAAAACGAUUCCAUAUUUGACAAGUUCGAGUGUUGUAUAAGUGGCAAUGGACUGGGAGCAGCUACAGGUUCUUACAGCAAUCUGUUCUGUGUCUUUGGUGUUUCCCCGGGAAGUACCGAGACUGCAACCUUAGAAGCAAGCAGAAAUCCUAUGAGGCCACGGUUGAGGUUAGGUUGACAUGCCAGGAAUGUCAAACGAACAAAGCAUAGAGCCGCCGCAUAUAUAAAGUGCAGUUCAGACUAUGGCCGAUGAAGAUUCAUAUAUUACACUGGCCACAAUGAAUCCACCGUGGAACUUAAUUCUGAGAAGAGCCCAUUUCAAAGGACAUAUGCUUCUCAGAUAAAAAAAAAUGUGGAGAGAGGGCAUGAACGAUACGUUUCUUAAAAGACCAAUGUCAAAGAGUUCUCCUAUACAAAGAACUUGAUAUAUAUUUGGAUGAUGUUAAGGUCAAGCUUGGAGAAUUAGUAGAUGGACUUUCUGAAAUCAAUGCUAAUUAUGACAAGCUGCAGCGUUUUUACAAUGAACCUGUGGAGUACAAGCUCCUUCUUGCCAAAGGCUGGUGGUUUUUUUUGCUUCAGCCAGAAUUCCUACCGCUCAACAGAGUGAAAUAGAAUCACGAGAAUUGGGGAAGACGCCUUCAAGGCUCUUUUCCUCCAGGAACUACGAAAUAUGCUAUUGUUUUACUUCUUCAAAUUGUAUUAUCCAAAUAGUUUUACAAGUUGCCUUUUUUUAACAGGAACAGUCUGUUGAUCCAACAAAGCAAGUAAAGCUUGGAUUCCUCACUGGGCUGGUGCCUUACCAUGCUAAAGUCUAUGGUUUUCGAGAGGACCCUACUUCCUCAUUGAGCAGUUCGUCGUCAUUGAUCCCAACUUUGUAGAGAGCGUUAGCUUCUUAUGUUCUACUCUUAGCUUCUCCUAGACAUUAAAAGUGCAGCCUUUUUCUAUUGCAGGAGUUUGCAUGCUUUCUAGAGAUUGACUUAGGAUCCAGAAUACUGCUGAAAUAAAUAAAAAAUGUAUUUAUUGACUUCUAUUCUGGGGAACAUGAAGUUUUUUUAAGAUA